AUCCCAAAUUCACCAAAUCCUCUUCAAUGGGUUCUGAUGGUCCUGCGGCCAUAAAGAGUACAGGGCGGAAACAAGAGAGAGAAGAUGGUGAUGAAUGUCAUCGUAGGUGAAGCACAGACUUCAAGCUACAAAAGGGUUCGAGGCCCAGAGAGUCCAGAAAGAGGGUCUAACCUCCCUGACCUUCAGUAUCUCUGUGGCGCUGAGUCUUUGUGAUAAAACUUAAAUAGCCUCCAAUUCCUCAUUUCUCACUGGACCGGUGACCCCCUGAGGUUAUCCACUUAACACUUACUAAAGAAUGUGCCUUAAGUCUCUGCGUGUGACCCCGUUACAUGAAGCGGCGUAGAGAACCGGGGCGCCCGGGAUUAGCAUUUAUUAUUUUGCAAGUGAAAAUCUCAUCUGGUUGUUUUCUUUCCAAUUGUCCCCCACAGCUCUGUACAAUGUAAAGCUGUAGUUUAGUUAAUAAUAUGAUUUAUUGUUUGUUUAUAUUGUCAUUAUUUACUUAUAUACUCUAAAAGUGUGUUGUCAGUUAGAUACAGGACUCCACAACUUGAUUAAAUUAUGUAAUCCUAAAAUAGGGCAAUAUAAUUCAUUUAUAUUGCUUUUGGAAUACUUUACUCCUUUCCAACCAACACAAUAUCCAUUAAAAAAGAUUAUUUUAGAUAAUCACCCCGUUCUUUAAAUAAAUUAUCACAGAAACUAUAUUAUUCUGUUCAUAUUUCCAGAGUUUUCUACAAUAAUUAGGGUAACAAAUGCCAAGGAGAAUAUUUGAUAGUUGAUGCUUUGUCAACAUUGAAGCAACAUUGAAUUGAAUUUAAUCAUUGUUGUAAUUUUUUUUUUAAUCUCUAAAUUAUUGAAGCCAGCGUGUAAAACGGUAACGUUAUCCUCCUAAUCUUAGUAUUUUUUCAUAGAGAUACAUAUUUUCCAAUACUGACAACUUUGUUCUUGAACAAAACUUUGCAUAUUGCUUCAUGAAUUGCGCGCAUGGAUCUAUUAUGCGAUGUCUCCACUAAUAACUCUGCUGUAACACUUGUUGAUGUGAGCUUUUUUUUCAUCCAUUUCAGAGUUUACAAAACUGAAUAUAAUCCCCCACCUCUCUCUGGGUUUCAACAAUAACCUUUCACCCACAUGAGGAGGGGGACUGGAUUAAGGCCAAAAGAAACUAAUGCUAUUGCGUGCUGCUCCCCUCGCUACUGCAUGGCUGUAAUUGUGGGGUUACAUGUAUUGUUCAGUGACCUCAGCUGAUAGAGAAGGUGCUGCUAAUAAACCUCGCAGGGUCCUAAAGGGUCACUCAAGUCUUGCGACAUAAUGGAGGAUCAGCCUUCGGUCCUUCUACCGUGACGCUCACACACACACACACACACACACACACAUGUUGACGUAGCCGUCUCCUGCCUGCGAUUAUCGUCCAAAUCUGCCUUGCCCUUGCCCACAUUCCUGAGUCGAUCCCACCGCUUUGUCAGCGGGUCGCUCCGAUUCGCUGCCACGAGCACACGGGACUCUGGCACCGAGAGGACCGCAGCGCGACCCGGGUUUACGAGGACGUCGAUCAGAAACCGCAACGGGACACCCAGGUUUAAUAGGACGUCGAUCAGAAGCUGCCUGAAGAGAGAUUUGACUAACUGAGGAAUCAGUUCACGUUAUUUCCAGUGGCCUGAGCAGAGCGGGCCGCUCUAAUGGCUGCAACAAAACCGACGAAAAAAGUCUGAGGAGGAAUCAAGCCAGGGGGAUUUGUUCCACUUGGAGUCGCCCUGAAAGGACUGCACCUUUAUUUUCUAUUUCAGACAUUAUAUAUAUAUAUAUAUUUUUAUAACCCUCCUGACCUUAACCCUCCUGUUACCUUAGGGUCAAUUUGACCCCAUUCAAUGUUUAACCCUCCUGUUACCUUCACAUUUACUAACAUAUUUUACCCUUGGGGUCAAUUUGACCCGAGCAAUUAAAACCUCCAGAAAAUUAUUAGAAUUAAUAUUGUUUUCCAAGUUUAAGUGUGAGGUACUUUAUGUUUGUUUGUUGACUACCUAAAUAGCCCUUUAAAUAUAUAAAAAAGUUGAUAUUUCUUAUAUGUUUGACACAGUGAAAAACAGCCUGGGGUCAAAUUGACCCCAAAGAACACCGACAUUAAACAUUGAAUGGGAUCAAAUUGACCCUAAAGGUAACAGGAGGGUUAAGGACAAACAGAUAUUAAAGCGGACGCCAGGAUAUAAAGAUGGACCCCUUUACGGAUAGUCCACGCAUGCGCUCCGACAGCAUGAGCAGUUCGCUGUCUCAGGGCUCGAGGUCCAAGGUGGUCCUCCGCCAGCGCCUGACCCGGCUGCUGACCUGCAUAGAGGACAUGAGAUCCGACGACGAAGCCAGCGAAGAAGUGUCCCGCACUCUGGACGAAGCGCUUCAUCUCUGCGGCCGCUUCGUUCCCACAGACGCAUUCAGGCUGCUCAUAGUGACCUGGAACGUGGCCACGGCGGAGCCCCCUGAAGACGUCACCUCGUUGCUGCAGCUGGAUGUCCAGCCCCCCACAGACCUCUAUGUGAUCGGCCUGCAGGACGUGAACGCCAGCCCCGUGAGGUUCAUCUCGGACCUGUUGGUGGAGGACGCCUGGAGCCACGUCUUCAUGGACACGCUGGGACCCAGAGGCUUCGUCAAGGUCACAUCGAUGAGGAUGCAGGGUUUGCUGCUGCUGUUUUUUGCCAAACAAUGUCAUCUCCCCUUCAUCAGAGACAUCCAGACCACCUACACUCGCACCGGCUUCUUCGGUUACUGGGGUAAUAAAGGAGGAGUGUCCGUCCGGUUUUCUUUCUACGGCCACAUGGUGUGUUUUCUCAACUGCCACCUCGCGGCUCACGUGAACUACGCUCUGCAGCGCGUUGAUGAGAUUGAGCACAUCCUGGAGACGCAAGACUUCGACAUCGCUGACACCCCACACGUCCGGGACCACAAGGUGGUGUUCUGGUUCGGAGACCUGAACUUCCGUAUUGCAGACCACGGCCUGCACUUCCUGCGGUCAUCCAUCAACGGUGGGCGUCUUCAUUUGCUGUGGAACAAAGACCAGCUCACCAUGAUGAAGAAGAAGGAAGCUUUCCUGCAGGAAUUUGACGAAGGGGAUUUGAACUUUAAACCCACCUACAAGUUUGACCGUAACUCUGACACCUACGAUACCAGCAGCCCGAAGACAUGGUUGGGUUUUACUGGCAAGAAGAGGAAACCGGCCUGGACCGAUCGGAUCCUCUGGCGCAUCAAACCCAAAACCCCGCCGUCGGAGGACGACGACGAGAAGGCGUCGGCUUCUCCCGACGGCGGUCUGGAUGAGUAUCCGCUCCUGGUCAGUCAGGACAAGUACACCAGUGACAUGAGCUACGGGGUCAGCGACCACAAGCCUGUCAUUGCGGCCUUCAGUCUGGAGGUGAGGAAGUGCUUUGACACCCCGCUGGUCCACGUGUCUCCUCUGGGUGCGUGGAGCGCCGACCAGGAUGCACUUCUUAACUACACCGUCCAGGAGGACUUCAUGUCCUCCACGUGGGAUUGGAUCGGCCUGUACAAGGUGGGAUUCAAGAACGCCUUCGAUUAUGAAACCUUUGUUUGGGUCCGAGAGGAAGAGUUGCCGGAGAUCAAUGAAGUCAUUCAGCUGCCUGUUGAUAAGGACGAGAUCCCACUGCUGGGGGGACUUUAUGUUUUGAUUUAUUACAGCACAAACAUGCAGAGCAUCAUCGGCCUCAGUGAAAACUUCCAGAUCCUGGAGUCAAAGCGUGCCGUCAUGGAAGGUCUCGUUCCUGAAAAAAUCAAUGGGCUCAACAAAUAAGAAGAAAUUUAACACAGUUGCCAAAUCAUAUUCCUCUCCCCUGGAAAUGUACACAGAAUCUAUUGUGUGUCCUUUAAAUGCCUCCAAGAUCCACUAAUCAUGUACUGGAUCAGCUGAUUGAGUCAGUAAAUAAUGGCCUCCACACUGUUGUUUCCAUCUUUGCCUUGAAGGAGUUCACUUUUAAUCAGAUUCACUCCUGCUGGAGCACUUUCUCCACAAAUAAGAUUCAACGCUGCAACAAGUAGCCGUCCGGCUUAUCCACGGGGCCUUUUUCUGCCUGUUAGAGCAACAACAACAAAAAGGAAUAAUGAAAGUUUUGUUUGUAAUUGUAGUGGAUUACACACUGCAGGUCAAUAAAGUCCUUGGUCAAAUUAUA